AUGAUUUCUCGAGCAGCACUUGCUCGAAGUGUUUGUCUGCGAUGUCAAUUGCGACUCCUCGACCGGCCCAGGGCUCUCAGCUCUCUCCGAACACCCCCUUUUCGAUCCGAGUUCCUCCAGCGAAGGCAAUACAGUUCUGAAUCCGCCUGGGACCGACUUGAGGCAAAUUCAAAAGAGCAGAAGGCCGAAACUAUUCGAGAGAGGAAAUCUACCAGCAGCUUUUCGUUUAAAGAUGAACCAGCUUCAAAGCCAGCCGGGCCCCCUUCAAAUCACACCACGACAGUGGAAGAAGAUGCCGUGCCGACCAAGCAUAACGAGACCGAGUCUGAGGCUUCUACAGAGGCGACACCGAAGAAAGACAGUCCUCUACUGUUCAAAAAGUACAAUUCUAGGGAGCGUCGCGACCACAAGCGUAUAGGCAACCGCCAGGUGUAUCUCGAGCGUGAGCACCUCGAUGUCAGCAUGCUCGGCGAGAAGGCAAGGACUAUCGUCAUGCGCGAUUCGAGAAACCAGAAAAGCAUCACCCAACUACCCAUUGAGGAGCUUCUUCCUCCUGAGCAGCUUGAUAUCGCAUCGAGACUUGAAGCCGAGGAGAAGGAUCUUAGCAUGGAGGAGGCACUUGGCAAUAUUGAUGAGUUGCGUCCCAGCGACCCUAUCCUCUACCAGCACCAAUUUGACGAACUGCUGGAGGUGCUGGCCAAUGGUUUCACCAUUGCACAACUGAGGACCUAUUUGAUCGCCGCAAGCUCGACGGCUUUGAAGAUGCCUCAGCAGAAAGAGGCGGAAUACAGUUGGCUCGAAGCACAGUGGCCAUGGACCCCAUUGCAAAAGAUCGAGGUUGUCGGGUCACCCAAGGAGAGGAUGUGCAUCACUCUGUUGAAGGAAGCCUGGCAACUUAAGAUCAGGGAGAUGGUUGAUGGCAAGGGCGUCUUUGCUGCCAAGGUGAAGGAAAGAUUACUGGCCCUGUUGGCAAGAGACGAUAAGAGACUUGCCUCCAUUAGACAAACCUACCUCGAUGCGGGCGAGAAGAUACAGAUCUCUAGAUCGCGCGUGAGAAUUCUCGCAUCCAAGGCCAAGACGGAGACGAUUUUAAAGAAGCUCGACGAGGCUGCUCAGGACAUCGUUGUCAAAGAAUUCGAAGCUGGGUGGAUCACCAGCAACGGCGCUGACGCUGCGCUCUUGGAGCACUUGGGCCAACACACCAAUACAUUCAUUACUUACAACAAGGCCAACGCGAAGGCAAGUGUUCAUUUUUGGCAUAGCAUGUCUUCUCAUCUAACAGUACAUCAGAUCAAUGUCUCAUGGUUCAAGGACGCGACUGCCGAGGAAGGCCAAGAACCUCAGGACAACGUUGUCCAGCGCCUCCUUUACACCGCUCUUCACCCCAGGGACGCUUCUAUCAACCUCAAAUACCCCGAAGACAAUGAUGGCAGACUCGUCCCCGAAGUCCGAGGACGCGAGAAACUCUCAUGGAAAGAUAAACUCACGCAAUGGUCUCGUUGGGUGAAACCAACAGGCCGUGUCGGAUCUUUACAGCCUGAAGUUAACCUCGAUAGCAAAGAUGUUCUAUCGCGACCACUUCAAGCACUACCACAAGACUUGGAUGGGCCCUGGAGCAAGCCUUACAGCCCGAUAUUUGCCAGCUUCGGACACGUUCUUCAUAAGGGCGGUGACAAUUUCAGUCUUGUCGCAGCCGCGAAGAGCACAAACCACAUUUUCUCGCCUACCUCUCCGCCUCCUGCCAAUCUUGCCUCCUUGUCCAAAGCUGUCACCUCGUCCAAGCCAGUCACGACUUCCCUCAUUCUCAGCUUCCGUCCUCAUCCUUCUGAGGAUAAGAAAGUAACCCGUAAUCUCCCCCAACUUCUCGAGCUUCAUCUCACCGUACCCGAAGACCUUCCUGAAGGUCCCCUUUCUUGGGACGCAUGCCCCAAGCGUCUCGUCGCAGUGCUGGACCAAAACUUUACCGACAUCGCGUAUCCUUCCCAGCCAAUCGACCUUCGCCUCUCCCAGCCCGCACUGACGACCAUGUCCCCGCCCGCUCUUGAUACCUCUCCAUUCCGCGAGUAUAUCGAGGCAGCAAAGCUAGAUCUCCUGGCAGGCCGUCUUGGCCCUCCCUCCGAAAUCACACUUUCCGAACUUCCCUCCACAAGUAACGGCAAAUCAAUUUCCAAGCCGGCAAAGUAUAUGUUCGUAGGCCUGGAGAUGCGACGCACACUGGACGUUGAAUAUGAGGGGCAUAGACUUCAGUACACGAGUAUCCAGGCAGGUCAUCAUGGUGGUCGACGCGCGGAGAUGGUUCUAGAAGCCACGCCUGUAGACGGUUCAUUGUCUGAGAAGGAUCAGGAAACAUACAUGCAAAAAUACCUGGCUCUGGUCCAGGAUUUGGCUCAAGGAGAGGUUGUCAAGUGGGUUGGAGAGAGGAACCCAGCGGCAGAGCAUGUAGGAAAAGACAAGGUGGUGGAAAAGGCCGCGGCGGAGGAAGCCGGCUUGGAAGGAAAUCAGGAGCCUCGCAUAUCUGAGCUCUUUGAAUCACUGCUGUUCCCCGCCAAGGAACAAGAUGCUAAGACAGAGGUGGCGAAUGGAGUACAGGAGCAAGAUGUAAAAGCAGCGCCUACUAACGAUGGAUAA